AGGAAGUGGUUUAAUUGGCCAGCUAGCUAGAGUCAUAGAUGUAAAAAUAAUAACUCUCAAUGUCUCCUCUCAAUGUCUCUCUGCUGGUUCUGGCAUUCUGUUUGCUGCUUCAGUGUGGAGAUGUCAAGCCCAAUCCAGGACCAACAAGUACAAAUGCAGGAUAUGAAGCAAUGGUUGACUGUGCAGAAGAACUUGUGAGCUCCCUAUCUACAGAUCCAAAAGGAUUUGCUAUCUCUUUGUUUAGCAAGCGAUUGAUAUCUCCUCACGUACUUGAGCAGACAAAUGAGCUGAAUGAAACUAACACUGAAAAGGCAGGAAGACCGUACACUGAAGUAUUGAAAAUAGUGCAGCGAUGUCUUGAAGAAUAUAAGACCUUUGUUGGUAGACUUGAAGACCGAAAACAUUGUAAUGAUAUCGUUCAAAAACUUGGCCAAAAAUACGCUCUUCACGUAGAGGAAGAUGCCAGACGGAGAGAAGUUAUUCCCCAUGAAAGUGAAAAUGGUGGUGCUAUUGUUAGAAGUGAUUCUCUCGCUACAUCAGUCUUUAGCUCCCCACCCACUAGUCCAAUGUCCCUCGCUUCUUCACUAUCCUCUUCACUAACUGGAACUAUAUCUAUGAGGUCUAGUGAGGAAAAAGUAUUGAAUGCUCUUCGCAAGAGUAACUUGGUCAGUAUGGAGCAAUAUUUCUCUGACUUCACUGCUAGGAUUGCAAAACGUUUUACAGAAGAUACUAGUACUCACAAUAUUGAGAAAUAAGAAAUGCUUUGAAAUUCCAUUAUGGAGAAAUGCCCCAUAAAGAUAUUUGGGGUAUUUUUAAGUAUUUGAUCGAUAAGCAAUACUGGGACUGCUUUAAUAAUUAUGAGCAUCUUUUAUAUCUAAUUGAUACAUAUGGCAAUGGUGUCAUGAAAAAAGAGAAAGAAUUAAGGAUUUCUAAAUAGGAAAGAAUCAUUUUCGGUUGCAACUGAACUUCGAGAAUAUUUAUCAGAAAAAAGACAUCUACUUUCUUAAAAUCUAGAAAAUAAAGGACGACCAGCUACUAAACGUCGAAGAAGCAGUAAAGAAUAUCGUGACAAAUUAGGAGUGAAAUUAAACAUGAACAUAAGCGGAAAAACACUAAAAUACAUUGAGAACCUGUGGUCGAGAUUAUCAUACUUGGGUUUGCCUAAGAUUGGGGUAAUUCUGGACAGUAUCAUUGAUGGAUCUAUUCAUAUCUUUUGGACCAUACUUCUUCCAAUCAUUGCUCUAAAUUUUCGAAAGAAGGCUACGCAGCCUGGAGCAGCUGAGUUUUUUAAGAAGAAUAGAAUUGUUCAAGUAACCCUAAAUGAUGAUUGCAUUUAUUAAGCUGAAGAUUUAACUCCUUCAAUUACAAAUAAGCUGCCAACAUCGGAAUCUAUUGAAGAAGAGCCAGCUGAGCUGAGUGGAUCAGAGGACGAGCCGGGUGAAACACAGGAUGAUGAAACUGUAAUAGUCGAACAAUCUCUUGAGGAGGAGGAGUCUACAGUGAAUGAUGUAGCUGAUGAAGUGAAGAGCAAAAAAAAGGAUUCUGUAGAAAAAGACAUCAGUGAUGAGCCUGUGAAAAGUGAACCACCCGCUAAAGAAAAGAGUACUGGCAUUCUGUCUACAUGGGCUAGAAAAUUCAAAGAAAAACGCCUUUUUAAAAAGAAGACAAUCUCGGAUAAGUUACUGGCAGAAUGUCGCAGUAAAAAAGCUGACAUUGAAGUGGUGAGAGGCUACCUGGAGAGAGAAGACUGUGACGUCAAUAUCAGGGAAAAUGAUGAC